AUGCCACGUGAAGCCGCCAGCGGUCUGUGGAGGUCGGAGGACAUGACGAUGCUGCAGCUCACCAUGCAGCGAGAAACCGCGCAUGAUUCUGUGUUGAAGCUAGGGCAGCUUGCGGAGUUUCAGUUCAUUGACCUAAACACCGAUGUGAGCGCAUUUCAGCGCGACUUUGUGCAAGAGGUGCGCCGCUGCGAUGAAAUGGAACGUAAACUGCGUUACUUGCAUGACGAGAUUGAGAAAGCAGGCGUAGCAGGCGUCCCUGGACAGGUGGGAGAGAGGGAGACGAUGUUCUCCCUGGAGGAGAAGGUGGAUGAGCGGGAGUCGGAGGUGCGGGAAUUGAACGAGCAGUACCAGUCCCUCAUUGAGGAGCGUAACCGGUCACGUGAGCACCUGGAGGUUCUUAACCGCGACUUCAGUGCCUCUACCACAAAAGAACAGGGUCUUAAUUUGAUUACGGGUGUCAUUCCCAAAGAACGCAUAGCGAUAUUGGGGCGGCUUGUCUACCGCACCACCCGUGGCAACUCUGUGAUGCAGACAGACGAUAUUGCGACCCCAUUUUACAGUGUUACGACAAAUCAACCGAUUCAUAAGUGCGUCUUUGGUAUAUACUUUCCGAUGCCCCGGUUGCGUGGAACGCUUGGGAGGAUUAGUGAGGCGAACGGUGCCACACUCUACGCAUACGCAGGGAACGAGGAACAGCUGCAAGGCAUGCGGGAAUCCCUUCAAAAUCAGGUGGAUACAGUUACACACACACUUCAGCAAUCUGCACUGCGUCAACGACAGUUGCUGAUGGGGAUUUAUAGCAGCGUGUACGAAUGGCGCCGCGCAAUUGCUGUCGAGAAGGCAGUGUACUCCACGAUGAACAUGCUGCGGUUCAGUGGUGCGACAGUUGUGGCAAAAGGUUGGGCCCCGGUGCGCUCCCUCGAUGACAUACGGGCUGCAUUGAAAGAGGCGGAAUACUUAAGUGGGGCUCAGGUGCCCACCAUUAUGGAGGAGAUCCCGACGAAAGAGACACACCCCACAUACUUCCGAACCAACAAGAUAACGAGUUCCUUUCAGGGCAUUGUGGACAGCUACGGCAUGGCACGCUACAAGGAGGUGAAUCCAGGCGUUUUUACCAUCAUUACUUUUCCGUAUCUUUUUGGUGUGAUGUACGGCGACAUUGGUCAUGGCCUUAUCUUGACCAUCUUUGCGGCAUUUCUUAUUUUUAUGGAGAAAAGCUGGGAAGGAAAACCACUCAAUGAAAUUUUUGCCAUGAUCUUUGGUGGGCGUUACUUGCUCUUGUUCAUGGGACUUUUUGCCGUGUAUCUGGGGUUGCUGUAUAACGAUAUGUUUGGCUUCUCUGUGGAGGUAUUUGCCUCCGGUUACCGCUGGCCGCCACUGCCACCGAACGGGCCAGACGGCAUCAUACGCCCCUCCUCCCCCGUCGAUGUGACUCCAGCGAGGAGCGUCAUUUUCGGUGUUGACUCUGCGUGGGCGGAGACCGAGAACAAACUGGAGUUUUACAAUUCUAUCAAAAUGAAGUGCUCUGUUAUCAUUGGUGUCGUGCAAAUGAUGGUGGGGGUUAUUCUCUCAUUGAUGAAUCACCUUUACUUUGGCGACAAGCUCCAGGUAUGGUUUCGUUUCGUCCCCGAAAUUGUUUUUCUCUCUUUUACCUUUGGAUACAUGUGCCUGCUUAUUGUCAUCAAGUGGUGCACUUCAUGGGAACAUCGCACACAUGAUGCCCCGUCUCUACUGGAGACUAUGACGAAUUUCUUCCUGCAGCCGGGCACCGUGACUCUUCCUCUGUUCAAGGGACAGGCGGUGAUUCAAGUGAUACUGCUUCUCAUCUCAUUUGCGAUGGUACCUGUCCUCCUAUGUGUUAUUCCAAUAAUGGAAAAGAAACACCAUGAUGCGAAGGUGAAACGCAAGUUGAUCCUGCACGAAGAGGAUGACGAAGAGGACGAGUUUGAGUUUAGCGAGGUUAUGAUUCAUCAAGUUAUCCACACGAUUGAGUACGUUCUGGGGUGCGUUUCCAAUACGGCUUCCUACUUGCGUCUCUGGGCACUCUCACUCGCUCACUCACAGCUUUCAGAAGUCUUCUGGAACUUUGCAUUUCUUAUGACGGUCGGUCUGGACGGUGGGUCAGGCGUAUUUGUUUUUAUUGGUUUCUGUGUGUGGAUGUGUGCAACGCUGGGUGUGCUGCUGGGCAUGGAGUCCCUCUCUGCCUUCCUGCAUGCUCUUCGUCUGCAUUGGGUGGAGUUCAACAACAAGUUUUACGCCGCAGAUGGUCAUGCGUUUGCCCCAUUUGAUAUUGCGGAGGUUCUUAGCAAAAUUAACUGA